CAUUUAUUAUAAUUUCAUUAAAGAUAUUUUCCAAUGUCUGGAAACACAAACUCCUUUGAAAUCAGGAAUAGAGAUGGGACUGAUGGUGCCCCUGCUCCAGAGCCGGUCAACCGAAAUCCUGGACGAACCAAGUUCAAAUUUGUCAUUAUAGGCGAUGGUGCAGUUGGAAAAACAUCAGUUUGUCAGGUUUUUAAGGAUAAGAAAUUUUCAACUGAUAUGUAUAUACCAACAAUAUUUGAGAACCAUACAGUAGACCUAACAUAUCUAGAUAAGGUUUAUCAGAUAAAUCUGUCUGAUACAGCAGGCCAGGAACAGUUUGAUAGGAUACGAAGAUUACAGUAUCCAGGAACAGACGUUUUCCUGGUUUGUUUCAGUCUCGCCAGCAAAGAUUCUUUUGAAAAUGUCAAAAACGUGUGGCUUCCAGAAAUAAAUCAAGCGAAUCCAAAUGCAAUAAAACUGUUGGUUGGAACUAAAUCAGAUCUUGUAAACCCAGCUUUAGGUGGCACCUUGGCCAGGCGGUUCUCAAGAAAAACUGAGAUAGUUAUGAAACGAGAUGUCGAAAAACUGUUAAACCGUGGUUUAGUGGAUGGAUUAAUUGAUUGCAGAUGCAUGUAUACUCAAGAUCCAUUUCCGCCAUGAAGCCCACAUGUAACCCCCGCUUCUUCUCCCCCCCCCCCUUCUACAGAUCCCAGCCUCGGCAGUCAGCUAUAAACACUCAAGACAUUCACAACUCCGUCUCAACCCUGGCUCCUUCAUGAUGAUGAUGCAGAUACUCAGCGCAACGCACCUGUUGAUCUGCCCCACCAACAUGAAGCUCUACAUCACCCCCCAUGACUCCUUCAGGCUGAUGAUGCAGAUACUGAACUAAAAGCAGGCGUGCUUUCACCUCUGAUCUCCCUAUUAACUUCUUGAGAAGCUUACUUAGGAAACUAAAACGGAUCUGACCGAAGUUUCUGCUAUCUCGAGUUGCAUUGCCUUCGAUCCAUUGAUAAGCCCUGUUGUCCCAGUUCCCGGAUCUGCUCCACCAACAUGAAGCUCUACAACACUUCCAUGAAGCGCCAUCUAAUAUCCAGCAUUAAUUCCUUUGUUAAUUUCUAAAUCAACCAAUUUUAACUCCGCCUUAAAUGCAAAUAUUUCAAAACACUCGUUUUUUAAAUAAAUGUUAGAAAUAUCC